GGAGCGCGGCGCGGCGCGUCAGUUCCGCGCAGGGCCGCGAUGCUGUCGGCGGCCGGCGGCUCCGGCCCCGGCGGGGCGGGCGGCUCCGGGCCGGGGCUCGGCGGCGACGGCGAUUUCCUGUCGCGCUACCGCCUGGUGUCGGCCAAGCUGCGGCGGCGGUUCCUGCGGAAGCCGAACGUGGCGGAGGCGGCGGAGCAGUUCGCGGCGCUGGCGCGGGAGCUGCGCGCCCAGGAGAGCCUGCCCUACGCGGCCUGGUGCCAGCUGGCCGUGGCGCGCUGCGCGCAGAGCCUGUUCCACGGCCCCGCCGAGGCGGCCGCGCUGGCCGAGGCCGCGCGGCUCUUCCUGCGCCAGGAGCGGGACCUGCGGCAGCGCCUGGGGCUGCGCGGCGGCUUCGGCGAGCACGUGGCGGCGGCGCAGAGCUGCGGCGCCUUCGCCGCCCGCCUGCACCUGGAGCGCGGGCAGCCCGCGCUGGCCGCCGGGCCCUGCCUGGAGCUGGCGGCGGCGCUGCGCGACACGGGACAGCCCGGGGCCGGGGCCGCGCCCGGCGGCGCCUUCCUGGACGUGCUGGCGCGCUGCGAGGUGUCGCGGGUGCUGCUGCUGCUCCUGCUGCAGCCGCCGCCCGCCAAGCUGCUGCCCGAGCACGCCCGCACGCUGGAGCAGUACUGCUGGGAGGCGCCCGACGGCGGCGCGGGCACCGGCGGCGCCUCCGGGGCGGGCGGGGCGCUGCCGCCCGCCGCCAGCUACCUGCCCGCCGAGCUGUUCCUGCUGCUGCAGUCGGCUGUGCUGGCCUGCCAGGAGAAGGACGCGGAGGCGCUGAAGGCGCUGCAGGCCGAGCUGUGGCCGCUGCUGAGCGCCGAGCAGAACCACCUGCUGCACCUGGUGCUGCAGGAGAUGCUGAGCCCCGCCGGACAGGGGCUCUGAGCGCCGCCGCCCGCAGGGACCGCUCGGGCUGGCCGCUGCAGCCCGUGCCAGCACAGACUCUGUUCCGUUAUUUAUUUUUAAUACGAGUUGAAGCGAUGGUUGGUGAGAGAAUGCGUUCAUCUACACGUUCGCCUUGUGUCAUAGUAAACUGCUCACUGUAUGUACUGAAAGUUGUGCUUGGAAAAAGUGUAACCCUGAAGCAGAAAGGCCAUUUCAGGGCAGAAGGAAGCUGUUCAUUAAAAGACUGGCUGCAAUUUGCA